AUGUCCACGGCUGCAUCCUCUCCGUCGCCGGCGGUCGUUCGCAGCCACUCCACGUCUUCCCGCUCCCACUCGCAUCAUCACCAUCCUCCACCCUCCUCGGAUCUUCCCCACCGCACUCGAAGCGUGGCUACCAGGCCGCCGCCAUCCUACACCACUUCACAUCACCAUCGCUCGAACUCGCGGUCGGGUUCCUAUGACCGUCGCUCCGCCGCGGACCCUGCGGCUCUCGACAACGUAGCUCGUCGGGAUUUCGAGACCUCCAACGUUGCUCGUCCUCCGUCGUCCCGCCGUGAUCCUUCCAGGGACCGCUCCCAAGAGCGGCCUCCGAGUGUCUACCGGAACGGAUCUCAUCACAGAAACUCCUCUCGACAGAGCUAUCCGCGCAAAAGUGUCGACAUGGCUGCGGCUGGCCCCGUAGCAACUGAGGCUGCGAUGCCAUCCGCUCCUCCAGUCCCCGCCAAUGCCACCCAGCCGAGGCGUCGAACGACCAUUACGACCCCCACGGGCCACUGGGCUCUGGGAAAGACUAUCGGGGCUGGAAGCAUGGGGAAGGUCAAAAUCGCAAAGAACAUGGAGACCGGAGAGCAGGUGGCCAUUAAGAUUGUUCCCAGACAGGCGGCAGAAGAACAUCGCAGCGGCCGUGAUACAGAAAGGUCGGAUCGGUCCAAGGAAAUUCGCACCGCGAGAGAAGCGGCCAUUGUGAGCCUGGUCAACCAUCCAUACAUCUGCGGAAUGCGCGACGUGGUGCGAACGACGUAUCACUGGUACAUGUUGUUCGAAUAUGUCAACGGGGGCCAGAUGUUGGACUAUAUCAUCUCCCAUGGAAAGCUAAAGGAGAAGCAAGCGCGCAAAUUCGCCCGUCAGAUUGCGAGCGCCCUGGACUACUGUCACCGGAACAGUAUCGUGCACCGUGAUCUUAAGAUCGAGAACAUCCUGAUCAGCAAGACUGGCGACAUCAAGAUCAUCGACUUCGGUCUCAGCAACCUGUUUUCCCCAAAAGGCCAUCUGAAGACGUUUUGCGGUAGUCUGUACUUCGCAGCCCCGGAGCUGCUCCAGGCCAGGCAAUAUACUGGACCGGAGGUGGAUGUCUGGAGUUUCGGUAUUGUUCUGUAUGUCUUGGUCUGCGGCAAGGUCCCAUUCGACGACCAGAGUAUGCCGCAGCUACACGCGAAGAUCAAGAAGGGUGUGGUGGAAUACCCGCAGGGGCUCACAACGGAGUGCCGCCAUAUCAUUUCACGCAUGCUGGUUACUGAUCCCAAGCAACGAGCGAGUUUGGCCGAGAUCAUGAACCAUCCCUGGAUGACCAAGGGCUACAGUGGCCCUCCAGAGAACUAUCUGCCCUACCGCGAGCCGCUCUCGCUGCCCCUAGAUCCCGAGGUCAUCGAGAAGAUGACAGGCUUCGAAUUCGGUUCGCCAGAGUACAUCACCGCCCAGCUAACCAAGGUCAUCGAAUCCGAGGAGUACCAACAUGCCGUCAAGACCAAUCUCCGAGAACAGGCGACUGCGAACCCUACAAAUGAGAAGAAGAGAGGCAUGUUCGAUUUUUACAAGCGUCGGAACUCCGCCAGCAGGGAUACUCUCUCUACGCCUUCCGUUGAAGCUGUACAGCUGGGAAACGAUCCCCUCAACGCUUAUAGCCCAUUGAUAUCGGUCUAUUAUCUGGCCAAAGAGAAGCUGGAAAAGGAACGGGCAGAAUCCAACCCUGGCGCUUCUAGCCUUACCCACGGUGCUAGUGAACCAAUUAUGAGAAUGCCUGACCUAGCGGCGCCAGAAGCCGCACACACAAACCAAUAUGAGAUCCCUGGUGAAAAGGACACGGGCAGGCGGGCUCGCCCUCGUGCUAGGACCCACGGAGAUAGCGAACUCGAAGAAAGUGUCAACAAGAUGCGCAUCGACAACGCUGUGCCGCCAUCUCCUGCCAUUGUGACGCCCCAGCCAGAGACCCCCGUCAGGAAAGAGAGCACGGCAGCGGGUAUCUUGAGGCGCCUAAGCACAAGGCGUGUCAAGGGCAGUCGCGAUCUUGACAAAGAGAAGAUUAGUGCUCCGCAUGGAGCGACCCUGAAUGUUCAGGCUCCCGCGGAUCUGGCCUCUCCGCCUAACAGAGGUUUCAGUGUCAGAAGAACCAGGCGAGCGGAACCGUCCCCGACUACCAUACAUAACGCCGGUAGUCAACCGCAGCAUCAAGAUCUCCUUAGGACGGCAGCAUCUGGGGAUCCAGCUUCGCGCUCCAGCAAGUUCCUCGAAAGAUCCGCCAGUGUUAACUCAGCAGAUUACCGACCCCGUCGGGGUACGCGCAGAGCGCCUCCGGACCCUAUCAACACAUCUGCGAACGAACCUCCUCUUACCAGUGGCUCUGAUCAUUCUAGUGUAAACGGUCAGAAAGCUAAGCCCAGCGACCAGCGGCCCCCCCAGGAGCCGAGAACCCGCACGCACACUGGCAGAACGAAGUCACUCGGUCAUGCCAGACGCGAAAGUAUACAGGCCAGGCGAGCUAGGCGUGAAGAGGCUCGGGAAGCUAACGUCCCUGAGGAGACCGAUGCCGAGCUUUCUGGGGCAGGUAAUGCCCUAGAGAGCGCGAAUGACGGCGAAGACCUGUCUAAGCCCGUGUUUCUGAAGGGUCUGUUUAGCGUGUCUACGACUAGCAGCAAGCCACUAUCCUUCAUCCGUGCGGAUAUCAUCCGAGUGCUCAAGCAGCUUGGAGUGGAGUAUGUCGAGAUCAAAGGAGGGUUCAGUUGCCGUCAUGCCCCCAGCAUUGACCUGGAGCGUGUUGUGGACACUGGACCUCCAAGCCCGGAUCGACAAGGCCAGGUCUCCAGCAACCGCCGUCGCAUCAGUUUCGGUGGACUGCGCAGCUACGAAGAAGAGCCACGGCGAUCCAUCAGGACUCCACGCAGAUCGCAUGGAGCACCGGAUGAAAGCUUUGUGAGUAACUCUGAUGGGUCUGAUGACGACGUCGCGCCUCGAGACCACAACGUCGUUGUGGGUGAGCGCGUUGUCGGCGAGACUACAACACGAGUGACGAGCGAUACUGGAGAGAACUUGAUUCUUCGAUUCGAGAUCCUUAUCGUUAAGGUUCCCCUGUUCUCGCUGCAUGGCAUCCAGUUCAAGAAGGUAUCAGGUGGCAUGUGGCAGUACAGAGAAAUGGCCAAGAGAAUCUUGGAUGGACUCAGACUCUAA